GUGAACCCUUACUCCCCGCAGUGCGUGUCCUAGCUCCCUUGUCCAACACGACACUUUUGAACCCCGACCUCGCCGUUGCAACCGUGAUUUCCCCCCCGCCUAACCAAUUGACAGCUCCUUCUCCGGCAUCAUGGGCUUCUUCAAGCGCUUCACCAAGCGGAAGAACAAGGCGAGCGCCGCGCACAACGACUUCAAGUUUCCCGCCGCACCCGUCGACGAGUACCACGGGGCCGACCAGACGCAGCGCCUUCCCGACACGAUCCUGCGCCGCAUAUUCGAGGAGGUGUGUCCGCACGCGGUCGACGAGACGCUCGUCGGCAGCGAGGACAGCGGCAACGAUGGCUGCAUGAGCUGCGACAUGCGGGACCUGGCGCAUUGCGCCCUGGUCAAGCGGCAAUGGUACAGCAUUGCCGCCGGUCUGCUGUACAACAGCAUCCGCAUCGACGCCGUGCACUACUGCGAGCUCGAAGAAGUCUACGCCGACCUGCGCCGGCGCAAGUCACGCCACGGCGACGAGACGGAUGCCCCGACAUUGCGCCUGCAGCAGCUCAGCCAGAGCGUGCGCGGGAACCAGUACCUGGGCCAGCGCGUGCGCUUCAUCAAGCUGCCCUACAUGACGCGUGAGUCGUGCAAGGCUGACAUGGCCCGCACCGUGUCGGCCUGCCCCAACAUCGAAUACAUCGAUCUGCCCGACGGCUUCUACACGGGCGACGUGUCGUGCCAUCCGCUGCGCCAGGAGCUGCAGGCCCGCUGUCCACACAUCCAGAAGAUGAAGUAUAACGAGGGCGGGGAGCAGUGCCUCGAGUCGCUCCUGCACGGCUACUGGCAGGAGCUGCGCGUCAUGGAGCUCAACAAGGUGCACACUGAUCCGGGCGUGCUGAGGCAGGCCUUUAGCAUGCUCCCCCGUCUUAGCGAGCUCAGGAUCUCCGGCGUCUCCUGGAUGGACGACUCGACCUUCCACGACGCGCCGGGUCUGCCCCCCUUCCCCGCCCUGGACACGCUCAAACUGGACAAGGUCCACAACGUCACCGCCGAUGGACUGGCGCAAUAUCUCUACAACCCCAUGUGCGGGGGCAAGCUGAAGACGCUCGACAUCAAGCAUUGCUCGGGCAUCCGCGUUGCGGACCUGCACAUCAUCCUGCACGCAGCAGGCAACCUCAAGACCCUAGACUACACCGCGACCGUCACAGCCGCCCUGCCCCUCGACCCAAUCCCACCCAUGGCUUCUCUGGCACUGCACAAGCUCAACUUCGAAAUCGUCUCGAGCUCCGCGAGCCAGGUCUAUCCUCCUGCUGCCUCGUACUACCAAUACCUCGCCAGGUCCCUCAUGUCCAACUGCCUGCCUGCUCUCCGCCAACUCUACGUCCGCGACCCCGAGUUCCCUGAGAUUCUGACCCUCGCGCCGCCCGUCCGUCCGUUCAGCGAGGCACCCCCGCCCAUGUUCAACCAACCCCUCGAGGUCUACUCCAAGGGCCUCGACGAGCUGGACUGGAUCUUCACAUCCAUCAUCCCACCAGAAGCCACUGGACGUCGCGCAUCCAUGGCUGGUGGCCGCCCGCUGAGCAGUUUUUCCGCACACAAAGGGCUUGGGCCGCAGUGGGGUGGGGAUGCGAGGAAGAGUAUCGUGGUGCCCAACGGAUUCGGUGGGUUCCUUGCUAUUCCCGCGGAUGACGCUAGGCCGCGGAGCGCGGGACAGAUGACGCCCAGUGGAGGCAUGGGACAUGGCCAUUCGAACUCACUGGGCGUCAGCAGUGGUCAUGGGCGUACACCGAGCACGAGUUGGAUGAGCCAUGCUGGACGUGAGAAGCGGGCUUCGAGGGCAGACCUGUGGCGGUAAUCUCACAUGAAACGUACUUUGACAAUCGUUUUCCUCGCAACGUCACUUGGAUCAUAUUCUUUUUCCUGGUUGGUGCUCCUCUUUCGUGCGCACCAAGUC